AUGGACUCCUCCUGGGCCCCACAAUCGCCAGAUCUGAGUUCCUACCACUCUGCCGUCGCAGAAGAGCCCGUCCAUCCCCAGCACCAGGGCUACCGAGGAUCAGUCUCACACGCCAUCCCCCAAGACACCCCACCCCUGUCGAGUCCCUCUGCGCAGAACAAGUCCGUGCCACCAUACUCGUACGCGCCUUAUAUCGCGCCCAGAGAAGACCAGAUGCAAGAUGCAGACUAUGUGCCGGACGCGUCGCUCGCGCUUCAGAUGCAGAUGUCUGUGCCUGAGACAGGCAAUGGGUCCAGCGGCGGCACCAUGCUGCCGCCGAACGUCGACAGCAUUAACAUCAAGAACCAUUUUCCCGUCGCACGCAUAAAGCGCAUCAUGCAGGCUGACGAUGACGUCGGCAAAGUCGCCCAGGUCACUCCUGUAGUCGUCUCGAAAGCACUCGAACUCUUUAUGAUCUCCCUCGUCACCAAAGCCGCCGCCGAAGCCAAGCAGCGCAACUCGAAACGCGUCGGCGCCGUCCACCUCAAGCAAGCUAUCAACAAGAACGAGCAAUUCGACUUCCUUAACGACAUUGUGUCCAAGGUUGCUGACGCGCCGGAGAAGAGUGAAUCUGACGCCAUGGACGAAGGCAAGAAGAAGAAGGUGCAGCGUGGCAGGAGGAAGAAGGCCGAUGAUGAUGACGACAUUUGA